AAUAACUUUAACUACAUCUAAGUAAUUUUAUUGUGAUAUAUAUUAAGAUUUGACGGAAACGAUUAAAAUCGAACUCGAACUCGAACUCAAAGUUUAAUUUUUAUUUUUAGCACAUAUUCUUAUUUAUCUAAUUAACUACGUACGUUUAUAUUUUGAUAACUAAUUUUAGUUUGGAUCAAAUCAGAAACUGAUAAGGAACAAGAUUCAAAGCCAAAGCUAAAAUUCUAAGAUCCAUCUAAAGCAGCAGGCAGAUACAACAGCUAAAAAGUUCUCUCACUCACCCAAAAAAAGCAGCCAGACAGCACAAAAUCCUCCCCUACGAAGAAAGAAAAGCAUCUCAAGUCUACUUCUUGAAUGGAGCAUGGCUAUACUCCAUGCAGUACAAUUCAUAACCUUCACCUCUCCUCACCACAAACAUGGAGAAUGCCUUGGCUACGUUUUCUGCUUCAACUGCCACCGCAAUUUUUCUUCUUGCGGCCUCAACUCUCUAUAUUCAAGGAGUGGAAGGAAGUAUGGGAGUAAACUAUGGCACGCUGGCUAACAACCUGCCUCCACCAGCACAGGUAGCCCAUUUUCUUUUAGAAUCCACCAUUAUCAACCGCGUUAGGCUCUUUGAUGCCAGCACCGAAAUUCUACGAGCCUUUGCUCACACAGGCAUUGCAGUCACAGUCACAGUGACAAAUGAUCAAAUCCCUCACCUUACCAACAUAGGUUUUGCACAAGAAUGGCUGAAAUCCAAUGUCCAACCUCAUGUGCGGACCACCAACAUUGUCCGAAUCUUGGUAGGCAAUGAAGUAAUAUCAACAGCAAACAAAUUGUUAAUAGCAAGCUUGGUUCCUGCUAUGCAAACUCUUCAUGCAGCUUUAGUUGGUGCGUCAUUAGACCGUAGAAUCAAAAUCUCUACCCCUCACUCUUUAGGCAUUCUCUCAAGUUCAAGCCCACCAUCCGGUGGCAAAUUUCGACAAGGAUAUGAUACACAUGUUCUUAAACCGUUGCUUAGCUUCCUUAGAGCUACCAAUUCACCAUUCAUGAUUAACCCUUAUCCAUUCUUUGGAUCCUCUCCUGAAACUCUUGAUUAUGCACUGUUUAGGACUAGUUCAGGCGUGUUUGAUGAAAACACCAAACUUUCUUACACAAACAUGCUAGAUGCGCAACUUGAUGCUGUCUUUUCAGCAAUGAAACUUCUUGGUUUUAGUGAUAUUGAGAUUGUCAUAUCCGAAACCGGGUGGCCAUCACUAGGAGAUUCAUCACAAGUUGGUGUUGAUGCAGAAAGUGCAGCUCAAUACAAUAGGAAUCUGAUGCAGCAUGUAACAUCUGGAGCUGGCACCCCCCUCAUGCCCAACCGGACAUUUGAAACUUACAUUUUCGCACUUUUUAAUGAAGAUCUCAAGCCAGGGCCUACCUGCGAGAGGAAUUUCGGAUUGUUCCUGCCGGACAUGACCCCAGUGUACGAUAUUGGAAUCCUAAGGUCAACAGUAGCUGCUGCUAGCAAAUUCCACCAUGCUACAUAUAUCUCAGUCCUUACAAUCGGGCUUCUAAUAAUUUCUAACCAUGGUGACAACAUGCUUUGUUAAUUAUUAGUUAGUGUCAAUUAACUCUCUGAUCACCGUUUACGUAAAAUUUUGAUCGAAAUUCGGUUUUGGAAUUCUUUCUUGACAGGCUAAAUCAUCCAUUCCUACGAACCCUGCCCUUGUACCAAGUGACUGCACCGGUGAGUCCAGGGUCAUGAUCGAGGAGGGCCUAAAGGAAAAACGCGGUGCCUUCCUAAAACAGGAGCAGAUGUGGAGGCUCUACAGAGAAACAUUGAUUAUGUGUGUGGCCUGGAAAUGCAGUACUGCACACCUAUUCAAGAAGGUGGUGAAUGCUUCCUGCCCAUAUGGUGAGAGUACACGCAGCAUUCGCCAUGAAUGCAUGCUAUCAGGGCACGGGAAAGAAUGACUUCGAUUGCGAUUUCGAAACUGGCCGGGGCGAUUUCCACUGUGGAUCCCAGCUGCGAGUAUAUAUUGAAGACAUCGGUGCAUGCAAUGGAUUAUUUGCAAUGAAGAAGAGGAUUGGCUCAGAAAAUUAACUUCUGUUUGUUUACCAAGAAUGGAAUAUAGAACAAGAACUAGGAGGAAAUAUAUGCUUAGGCAUUAUGUCUACUGGUUUAGUAACUAUCAUUAUGUUUAUAGAAUACGUAUAUAUACGACAACAGGUCUACAAAUAUUGUACUGCUAGCUAUUUGCUCAGAUAUUUGUAAAAGUGAAUGCUAUUACUUUGGUAUAAUCAUAUGAACAUGGAUUAGCAGUUAGGAACACCUUAA